GAGCUAAAAGAUGCUGCCUAUCAUGCUCAGGACUUGAUGGAUGAGAUUGCAACUGAUGCCUCGCGCUACAAGUUGGAAGCUGAACUGAAGAGUAAGGUACAACUCUUCAACUUUACUUCUCAUAUUUCUUCUUACAAGGAAAUAGAAUUUCAAUUAGAAGAGAUUUUAGGCAGACUAAAAUCUCUUGCAAAGCAAAGAGACCUCCUUGGUCUCAAAGAAGGUAAUGGUGGUGAGAAACCUUCACCAAAAAGGCUGACGACGUCUUUGGUUGAAGAAUCUGCUGUAUACGGUAGAGAUGGAGAUUCGGAGGCCAUAACUGAAUUGUUGCUAGCAGAUAAUGGCAGUGGUGAUAACAUAAGUGUUAUUCCCAUAGUGGGAAUGGGUGGUGUAGGCAAGACCACCCUUGCUCAACUUGUAUAUAACAAGAAGUUGGUGACGGAGCGUUUUGAUGUUAGAGCAUGGGUAUGUGUUUCACAAGAAUUUGAUGUGCUUAGGAUCACAAGAACUAUUCUUGAAGCAGUGACUUCGUCCACAGGUGAUACCAACGACCUAGAUCUACUCCAAGUUAGGUUGAACAAGAGUCUUGUGGGAAAGAAAUUUCUGAUCGUAUUAGAUGAUAUUUGGAAUGAGAAUUACUUGGAUUGGGAGGUCUUACGAACCCCAUUCAAAUCUGGGGCGAAUGGAAGUAAGGUAAUCUUAACCACACGUAAUGAAACUGCUGCGUCAAUUGCACGCACAGUUCAAACUUAUCAUCUAAAGCCUUUAACGGAGGAAGAUUGUUGGUUAUUAUUUGCAAAACAUGCAUUUGGCAAGAGAGAAUCUACGGCGUAUCCGCACUUGGAAAUAAUUGGAAAGGAUAUAGUGAAAAGGUGCAAUGGCUUGCCUUUAGCAGCGAAAACUCUGGGUGGUCUCUUACGGCUGAAGUUGGAUCCUAAGGAAUGGGUUAAGAUAUUGGAGAGCAAUAUAUGGAACUUCUCAGACUGUGAAAGCAAUAUUCUUCGAGCUCUUAGGUUGAGUUACCAUUAUUUACCUUCCCAUCUCAAACCAUGCUUUGCCUAUUGUUCAAUAUUUCCAAAAAAUUAUAAAUUUAAAAAGGAGGAAUUAGUGCUUUUAUGGAUGGCAGAAAACUUUUUACUGCAUCCUAAAAGAGAGAACUUGGAAGAAGUAGGUUUUGAGUACUUCAAUGAUCUAGUAUCUAGGUCAUUUUUUAAGCGGACAAGCGGUAGGGGUCAAUGCUAUGUUAUGCAUGAUCUUUUGAAUGAUUUAGCUCUCUUUGUCUCUGGAGAAUUUUGUUUUAGAAUGGAAGUUGACAAUUCAUAUGGCUUGUCAGGAAAGACUCGUUAUUUUUCAUAUUCUAGAACGAAGUUUGAUGCCUAUGAGAAAUUUGAAGCCUUUCAUGGAGCCAAGGGUUUGCGAAGCUUUCUACCCUCAAAUGUGUCACAGCAAUAUGGAUGCUUAAGUACUAAAGUUAUACUCCACUUAUUACCCGAACUAAGAAACUUAAGGGUACUAUCACUAUCUCACUAUAGGAAUUUGACAGUAUUGCCAGACUCAAUUUCCAAUUUGAAACAGUUAAGAUAUUUGGACAUUUCUCACACUGCAAUCAAAGUAUUACCUGAUUCAGUGUGUACUUUGUACAAUCUGCAAACAUUACUGUUGACAAAUUGUCAUUCGCUCGCUGAGUUGCCUGCCAACAUGGGAUGGCUAAUUAACUUGCGUCAUCUUGAUAUUAUUGGAACAAACUUGAAAGAAAUGCCAUUGCUAAUGGGUAGAUUGAAAAGUCUUCGAACAUUAACUUCUUUUAUUUUGGGAAAAAAUGGUGGUUCUGACAUCAAAGAGUUGAGGGAGUUUCAGCAACUUAAGGGAAGCCUUUCUGUUUUGAAGCUGGAAAAUGUUGUUGAUGCUAGAGAUGCUUUAGAGGCCAAUUUGAGGGAUAAGUUGCAACUUAAUGAAUUGGUGUUAAAGUGGGGUGGGGAUACUAAUGACUCCAUAAAAGAUCGAGUUAUACUAGACCAUUUGCAACCUCAUGCAAACCUGAGAAAGCUUACCAUUGAAAAUUAUGGUGGCACAAUAUUUUCAGACUGGAUAGGACAUGCAUCCUGCAAUAUCGUAUCGGUCCAAAUUCGUAAUUGUAAGUAUUGCCUCUUCUUGCCUCCAUUUGGUCAACUGCCCUCUCUGGAGAACCUCUCUAUUGAGGGAUUAGAUGGAGUGGUGACCAUUGGUACAGAGUUUUAUGGGACUGUUGGUUCUAAAAGCAAGCCGUUUGCAUCGCUACGAAAUUUGCACUUCAAGAACAUGUUGCAAUUGCAGGAAUGGCUUCCUUUCAGAGAUGAUGAUGAAGGUGUAGUAGCUUUCUCUCGUCUUCAACAUCUUUAUAUACGAAAUUGUUGUAACCUGACUAAGGGUCUUCCUGACAGCCUUUCUUCUUUAAAGACACUUGUGAUUGAAGAGUGUCAGCAACUUGUCGCUUCAGUUUCAUGUGUACCAGCCAUGCGUGAAUUGAAGUUACGGUAUUGCAAUAAGGUGAUGUUGAAUGAGUUACCACCUAAAGUGCUAGAGUUCACAAUUAGUGGAUAUGAUGCCUUGGUGUCUUUACCUAUCGGUAACAACCACUGUCUUAGAAAGUUAGAAGUCUCUGAUUGUCCAUCUUUCAGGUUGCUUCCUAUUAUUGGCAAAGCCGAUGCACUAAAAUCACUUAGUGUCAAGAACUGUGGGAAAUUAGUGUUUCCGAUGCACCAAUGCUAUCCAUCCCUUGAGAGUUUGUGCAUGAGAAGCAGUUUCGAUUUUCUUGUGUCCUUCCCAUUGGAAUUAUUUCCAAAGCUGAAUCAUCUUGAUAUCCACGGAUGUCAGAAUCUUCAUUCUUUUUCUUUUUCAAAUCAAGGACCGCUUCAGCAUCUCUUAUCUCUCAGAAGCUUACAAAUCAGUAACUGUUCCAACUUUGUAUCCUUGCCUGAAGAGGGAGUACCUGCCCCCAACCUGACCUGUUUCCGUGUUUAUAACUGUUAUAAUUUGAAGUCCCUGCCAAGCCAGAUGCACACCCUGCUCCCAUCUCUUCAGGUUUUGAGUAUACGUUUUUGUCAUCUGCCAUGA